AUGACUCUGUGGAAUGGCUCCUUCCCCUUCUACCCUGGCACCAAUGUGUACUUCCCCUUUGACACCACCCGGGUCACCAUCAUCUCCAUCUUCCUCUCUAUAUUGGCCACUUCCAUCAUCAUCCUGCCAGGGAUUCGGGGCAAGGGGCGACUCUUCUGGUUCCUGCGGGUGGUGAUGGGCCUCUUCGUGGGAGCGGUGGUCCUCACUGUACAGUUCACCAGGGAUUGGGAGACUGGCUGGGUGAUAGCAAACACCUCCUACAAGUCCUUCAGCCACGUCGUGGUGGAUGCAAACAUUGGGCUGCACAUUGGCCUGGCAGGGAUGAACGUCACACUAGUGGGAAACCCAGUGAAUCAGGUCAACGAGACCAUCAACUACAACGAGCACUUUGCCUGGAGCUUCAAUGCAAACUAUGACCACAGCUACAGCAAAGGGCUGGAGAAGGGGCUGCCCAACCCCAUCCUCUACGUGGUGGAGAAGUUCACCUCUCAAAGCCCCUGUGGCGUGCACAGGCAGUACCGCAUCUCUGGCCACUACGCAUCCCUCAUGCUGUGGAUGGCCUUCUGCACGUGGCUCAUUUCCAUCCUGCUGUUCUCCAUGCCUAUCCUGCUCUAUGGUGGCUACAUGCUCCUGCUGACUGCUGCGCUGAUGCUCUUCUCGCUGCUCUUCUUUUUCACCGCAAGAAACACUCAGAAGUGUCCCAUCCAGUUUGGCCCAGCUUCCCUGAAAACUGACUAUGGCGGAUCCUUUUGGCUGACGUUAGUGACAGGGCUGCUGUGCUCUCUGCUGGGUUUGAGCAUCAUCAUCCUGAACUCCGUGAAGCCAGAGAAGCUGAAGCUUGUCUUUAACAUGGACGAGGGAAAGCAAGACGAAAAGGAGAAGUGGGACAAGUCCUACCUGCUAGCUGAACCCAGCUCUUCUGUGCAGGAUGUGCCAAUGAUUCCCCUCGGAGAGCUUUCCGAGGUGACAGCCACCCCGCUGUAA